AUGGGUGUGGUGAUGGGGAAGGAUGAGAAGGUGAAUAUCCCGCAUCUGUACAUGAAGUUGGCGAUGGAUUUGGAGAAGCUUCGGAAUUACCCAUGGGGUAUGUACUCGUUUGAUUUCCUUCUGAAGCAGAUUGAUAAAACAAGGCAUAAAUUGGAGCAGAAUGAGGGGUAUCUUAUGGAAGGAUUCUUGUUUGGUUUCCAGAUUUGGAUAAUGGAAGUUGUUCCUGCUUUAGGAGAGAUUUGUGGCACAAAAGUCAAUAGAAAUUUUACAGGUCCUCUGUAUGUUGAGAUCUUGGGUUCAAGAGGCGUUAUUGAUAUGGGGAUUAGCAAUGAAGCUACAGUGGCUGAAGAUGUUCUCGGUGUAAGACGUAGAAGAAGGCAUCGUACUGAGUUGUUAAAUGCCAUUGAGUCUGAGAUGGUUGCAGUUAAAGAUAGGUUGCGGGAAAAUGUGGAAGAUGUCAGUCUCUGGAGAAGAAGCUCGGGUUUUAAAGAUAAGUUUUCUACCCAGGAGACUUGGAUUUUAACUCGUACCUCUUAUGCUCAUAUUGAUUGGGCUAACAACUAUGGACAGGGUUGCGAGAUGUAUCGUGUUGAUGUUACUUGUGCUCUUUGUAAGAAUGCUGCAGAGUCCCGUAGUCAUCUGUUCUUCGAGUGCUCUUACUCUUCUCAGAUAUGGGAGAAUCUUAUGCUUGACAUCCUUAGGGGUUCGUAUACAACUGACUGGAAUGCAAUUGUGGCUUUGCUUAAACAGUCUGAUAGAGAUAAGAAGAGAUCCUUUUGUUUGAGAUAUGGCUUUCAAACCAUCAUCUAUGUGAUAUGGCGUGAAAGGAAUAAGAUUACGCAUGGAGAAAGCCCAUUGCCUAUGAAUGCAGUGAAGAAGCUUAUUGAUAAGGGAGUUAGGAACAAGUUAAGCCUACUGAGAUCAAGAGGAGGUAAGGGUACGGAAUCUGCCCUUCAAUAUUGGGUUAGCACAAGGACAUGA